AUGGCUGACCCGACACGUCCACCUGAUUCUACUCCGCUGGAUGUCCCCUCCGGAUCCCUGCUGCAGCCCCCUCUUUCGAUCCUGACGCGAGAACGGCGUGCCGCCGAACUCGAGCUCGAGUUGAUCCGGAAGAGAAGAGAAGAAGAGAAGGAUGAAGAUCUACGCCUUAGCGAGCUGGCCCGCAAACUUCAGGAGGAGAAAGAGCGCGUCUCAGCCAGACGACAGGAGCGAAAAAUCGAGGAUGAAAUUGCCCGGCUUCGUAUGACUGAGGAGUUUUCGAAGAGAUCCAUUCGUUCGUCUUCGCCGCUCUCUUUGAGCUCCCUCAGCGAAUUCGACGAGGAAUUGCGCCCUAUGCCGUCGUCAAAACUAAAGACCCGCUCCAAAAACGUCCCGGAAUCGCGGUCGGCCGUCUUAAAAGUGGACAGCUGGGUCGACAACUUGGAGAAGGACCCAGCAGCUGUACCCGCAAACACUAUUGUUCCCUGGAUGUUUGGAGGAUCGGCGCCAUUUGCGUGUAAAACUCCCUUUGACGGCGACCCGCGUGAUUGGCUGCUCUUUUCCUCGCGCUUCCAGGCUCUCGUCCAUGACGUCAUCCCGAACGACGCCCAGCGCUUAGCCAUUCUAACCGAGUGGGUAGGCCCCAAUGUUCUGCGCCGCAUCUCCCCGCUUUUGAGAGCGCCUCGAGGCUACCCGGCUGUUCUUUCCUACCUGAAGAAACACUACGGUUCGAGUGAGCAGAUUGCCCGCUGCCAAAUUCGCGAUCUGUUGAGUCUCCCUAUCGUCAAACCAGGUGAUCGUCAGGCGCUGGAGCUGUUUUCGGAUCAGCUGCACGGAGCAGUCGUCGUAUUGGAGCAAGGAGGGUUAGAGCACGACUUGAAAAGUGCUGCCAACCUAGACCAAGCAAUUCAAAAAUUGCCGCCUCUUUUUCAACAUCGCUGGGCCCGCUAUGUUAGAAAACGUUUGCCAAGAGUUGUAGAUCUUGGCGAUCUCGAUCGGUUCCUGGAGGAGGUUGUUGAAGAGGAGAGGAUCGCCUUUGCGUCUGUCGAGCUAGCGCCCAGGAUCGAGCCCCGCGGAAAGCGUGUUUCUUUUGAGCAUCCUAACCUCACAAGACACCCUUCAUUCAAACCCUCAGCCGCAAAGUCGCCGCCCGUCCGUCCACCGCCAACCGUUUUGUCUACCCAGGCAAUUAGAGAAGCGGAUAUCGUCUGUCCGAGCUGCGGCGAGGCACAUCGUCUGAGUAGCUGUGCGGAAUUUCGACGGAUGUCGCCGAACGAUCGAGCGUUGGUGGUGAAAGAGAAAGGUAUCUGCUUCAAUUGUCUUGGAGGGAAACAUCGAAGUACCGACUGUCGUUCGAAGCCGGCCUGUGAAUCGUCCGGAUGCCGUGCUCGCCAUCAUUCGCUGGUGCAUGGUGCGGAAAGAGUUUUCCCCGAGAGGAGUGGACUCCGCCGUUUUCCACCUCCGAACGAAGAUUCGAGCGGCGUUCCAGGUCCGCAGACUUUCGCCAUUGCACCCCGCUCAGCAUCAAACGUUCUUUUGGCCGUUGUUCCGGUUCGUCUUCGUGCUGGUGAUCGUACCCUCGACGUCUUCGCUCUACUGGACACCGUUAGCCAAGCUACUUUGUUGCGUGAGGACGCGGCUGAAGCACUCGGCCUAACGGGCCGGCCUCGCAAAAUUCGCUUUGGGACUUUCCACGGGAAAGAUCCAAUCGUCGACACUCGUUUGGUGGAUUUCACAGUGUCAUCGCUGGACGGAAAGGAAAGUUGUCCGGUUUCCGACGCUUUCGUAGUUCCCCAUCUCAACGUUGGGCACCGCCGGCUGAAAAACUCUUCCACCUCGCUCGAGUAUCUUCGCGGCCUUGAUUUUCCCGCUCGGGAUGCCACAGAAGUCCAAGUUCUGAUUGGCAUGGACGUCCAGGAUGCUCACCUGAAUUUCGAAGUCCGUCGCCCGCCAGCAGGUGUUCAAGGACCUAAUGCAGUUCGCACCCCGUUCGGUUGGUGCGUCGUGGGUAAAACCUUUCCGAUGUCCGCUGCGGAAGCAGCAAGUAUAAAUUUCGUCAAAUUGGAUUCCAUCGAGCUGCUGGAGGAGUCCGUUGAGCGAUUUUGGAGGACUCAAUCGCUGCCCGUUCGUGAGGCCCCCAAAACCUUUAUGUCCGCGCUUGACCGUUGCGCCGUAGAGCAGUUGGAAGCGACCAUUCGCCAUACUGGAGUUCGCUACGAAGUCGGUUUACCCAUGCGCCCCGACUGCCCGAAGCUGCCGGACAACAAGGAGUUUGCCCGACGGAAGUUUUUCGCCUUGGAGAGGAGACUGCAGUCGAACAGCGAUCUACGCAAAGCAGUUUCCGAACAAAUGCAAGAAGUACUUCGCAGCGGCCACGCUACAAGAGUCACUUCCACCGAUCCCGAUUCCAAGAUUUGGUAUCUCCCGUUUCACCCGGUUCAGCAUCCCAGCAAGCCCAACAAGGUUCGACUCGUCUAUGACGCUGCUGCCCGCUUUAAAGGAAUGGCCAUUAAUGACGUCCUGCUGAAAGGGCCGGAUCUGACGACUCAGCUACUCGCAGUGCUGCUUCGCUUUCGUGAAAGGAGGAUUGCUGUUACUGCUGACAUCGCCAGAAUGUUUUACCAGGUUCUGGUGCGAGAAAGCGACCGGCCAAUGUUUCGCUUUCUAUGGAGGGAGCCGGGAACUGAAAAUCCUAUCCAGGAGUACCAAAUGACGGUGCACAUUUUCGGCGCCGUGUCUUCGCCAACAACAUGCAGUUUUGCCCUUCAACGCCUCGAAAAAGAUGCACCCGUCCACCUGCAGGAAGUCGCGAGCCGGAUACGCUCCGACUUCUAUGUGGAUAAUUUAUUAGCAUCGUUCGACGAAGUGGAAGACGGAGUAUCAACCUGCCAGAAACUUGUGGAACUGCUUAGCCUAGGUGGCUUCAACCUCGUCCAGUUCCUCAGUUCUUCACGUCAGUUGCUGGAUCGCGUGCCCUCCGCGUCUCGCCUUAUGCCCGAUCUCGAUUUGGACUUCGACGAUUUGCCGACCGAACGGACGCUGGGUUAUCUGUGGAGCAGCGAACGAGAUGAAUUCCUUUUUCGUUUCAAGCCGUCAAACGAAGCCCAGUCGAAACGCUCCAUUCUUGCUGCCGUCGCGAGCAUUUACGAUCCGCUUGGUCUGCUCGUGCCGGUGGUCUUGGUGGCGAAGAUUAUUCUUCAGGACAUCUGGCGGCUUAAAAGUGGCUGGGAUGAAGUUUUGCCUGCUGAUAUUUUGAAUCGGUGGGGACGUUUUAUGGAGCAUCUUCCUGCGCUCGAGUCACUGAACAUCCCGCGAAGUCUCAUUACGCGCCCUCAAUCAGCCUACUUAUCGUUCCAGUUACAUGCAUUUUCAGAUGCAUCGAAUGACGGAUUUAGAGUCGUCGUUUUUCUUCGUUCUGAGCUGCACGACAAGAUCGGAGUUGCGUUCGCGAUGGCGAAGGUGAGAGUUGCUCCGAUCCACCAAAUCUCUAUCCCGAAGAUGGAACUCCAAGGUGCGCUGUUAGCAGUCCGGCUGGUGAAUUAUUUGCUGAAGGAAAUGACGCUGCCCAUUUCUUCCGUAUUUUUCUGGGUGGACGCGAUGACCGUUCUUCGUUGGAUUCACGCCAAUCAUCGCCGCUACAACGUCUUCGUCGCUAAUAGAAUUUCGGAGAUCCUUGAUUCGACUACCCCGCAGCAGUGGCGCCAUAUUCCAGGCAUCCUAAACCCGGCUGAUGAAUGUAGCCGUGGCCUUUGCCCGUCCGAGCUCGACCCGAAUCAUCGUUGGUAUCGCGGCCCGGAGUUCCUCGCUAUGCCACCCGAACAUUGGCCCGCCCAGAUGCCGGAUUGUGCACUAGGCGACGACGAUGAAGAAUCUAUCGCAUGCCUAGCUGUCAUCGUUUCUAGCGGACCGCUAGAUUAUUUUGCCGCCCGUAUUGACAACUUGCACCGUCUCGUGCGCAUUGUCGCCUGGAUUUGGAGAUUUGUCACCAACACGCGGGUCCUCGUAAAUCGAAGACGGAUCGAGCGAAAGGUAAAUCCAGGCGGCAGCCGUGCAGACCCACCAUCCGAACCGAUCGAGGAUCUGAAAACGGGCCGGCAACAGAGUGCGACCGAGCUUAAGUCUGCCCGCCUUCUUCUGAUUCGCAUUUCGCAACGCGCUUCGUUUUUCGACGACUUACACCGGCUGCAGAAGAAGAAAACAAUCCGCCCUGAAUCCCGGCUACUGAAGCUGUCCGUCUACCUCGUCAGUGCCGGAAUCGUUCGUGUCGGUGGCCGCCUUGAGAACGCCCCGAUCAACACCGAAGCCCGUCAUCCAGCGGUUCUCGACCCGAAGCAUCCGGUAACUAAGUUGUUUAUUAGGUGGGCGCAUCUUUCCGUUGCCCACGGGCGAGUUGACCGGACGCUGGCCGAAGUGCGUGCUCGGUACUGGGUGCUGCGAGGACGUGAAGCAGUAAAGUCCGUGAUAACUUUCUGCCCUUACUGUUCCCGGAUGAGAUCUCGGCCGUUCCAGCCAAUGAUGGCUCCGCUUCCUGCAAAACGGGUCGAAUCAUUCAACCCGCCGUUUACCAACGUUGGUGUGGACUAUCUUGGCCCGUUCCCCAUUUCGAUUGGCCGCCGCACGGAGAACCGCUGGAUCGCCCUGUUCACCUGCCUUUCCACCCGCGCGAUCCAUCUGGAGAUAGCCCCAUCUCUGGAUGUCGACUCGUUCCUGAUGGCGUUUACCCGCUUCGUUAGCCGACGAGGUGCACCCGCUGACGUUUUCAGCGACAACGGCACCAACUUGACGGCUGGAGAACGCGAGCUGCGUGAAGCAGUGACCCGCCUAAACGACGCCAAAAUCGUCGAUCAGCUGGCGCGUAAGGAGAUCCGAUGGCAUUUCUCCCCGCCUUCCGCCCCGCAUUUUGGAGGUGUAUGGGAGCGACUUGUGCGCUCUUGCAAGGACGCCCUCCGCGCAAUUCUUGGCCAGCAAACUGUCAAAGAAGAGACCUUCGCUACUGUCGUCAUAGAAGUUGAGGCGCCUUUGAACGAUCGCCCGUUAACCUACCUGGGAGCAGAUCCCCAGGAGCUCGCGCCGUUGACCCCGAAUCAUUUUUUGUUGGGGCGCCCCAAUCCCCAUCUACCCGCUGAAGUCAUCGACCCGGAAAUUAGGUGCUUUCGUCGUCGGUGGUAUCAUGCGCAACAGCUAGUAGACCAGAUGUGGGCUCGCUGGUUGCGAGAGUAUCUCCCAACCCUUACGACCCGCAACAAAUGGACGGAAACGCAAAAAAACUUAGAAGCUAAGGAUAUAGUGCUUCUUGUCGAUCCGAAGUCCCCGCGUGGCCAUUGGCAAAUCUGUCGCGUCGAAAAAGUGUUGCCUGGACCCGACGGUGUGGUGCGCGCAGCAGAAGUCAUCACAAAGUCCGGCAAAACCUACGUUCGCCCGGUCACGAUGCUGUGCCGCGUCGAAGCCUUCAAUGCUGCUUGA